AUGCAUUUGGGGAGAGGCUCCUGUCCGCUGGUCACGACGAGCAGGGUUGUCAAGAAUCUCAUCUUGGAGAGAUGGGAGAGCUCUCGAAAGGAAAUCCCCAGUUCGAGAGCUCAGCUCUUUCUGGCGGCCCUCAAGGCGUGUGGCGUCACGCGGGACUUGGACGCCGGCAGGUUUCUACACUCGCGGGUGAUCGAUAGCGAGGAGAAGCUCGAUUUCUACGUGGGGAGCAGCAUUAUCAACAUGUAUGCCAAGUGUGGGAGCCUGGAGAAUGCGCGCAGCGUCUUCCAGAGAAUGCCGGUCCAUGACAUCGUCUCCUGGAACGCUCUGAUGAUGGCGCUGGCGGAGAAUGGACAGGAAGAGCUGGCUAUGAAGCUCUUUGCCGCCGCUCACGAGGAAGCCAACGCUCGAACUUUUGUGGCGGCUCUCAAGGCUUGCACGACUUUGGCUGCCAAAGAAGAGUGGAAGAAACUCGAGGAUGGAAGGCUUGUCAAGGUGGAGUCUCUCCAGAUCGGGACUGGGAUCCAUCACCGAGCGGAAAGAAAUGGCUGGUGCUCCGACAGCUAUCUCAUGAACUCGCUGGUGGAUAUGUAUGCGAAGUGUGGGAGCAUGGUGGAAGCUCGAAGAGUUUUUGAGGCGAUGGUGGACAAGGACGUGGUGUCUUGGAACGCGCUGCUGCUCGGAUACGUUGACAAUGGCGAAGGUGAGAUGGCUUUGCAGUUGUUUCUCUCCUCUAGGAUGGAGUGUUCUCCGAAUUAUCUGACUUUUGUUGCUGCUCUCAAGGCUUGCGCGGCGAUGGCAGCGAAGGAAGGAGGCAGGAUGCUGGGAAAUGGGAGAGUUGCGAUCAAGGUUGAAUCGCUGGAGAAGGGAAUGCGCGUCCACUCCCUCGCUGUGAAGAACAAGUGUGACAAAAACAUGCUCGUCACAAGCGGCUUGAUCGCCAUGUACGCUAAGUGUGGGAGCAUGAGAGAUGCUCGGACGGUCUUCGAUAGGAUGCCUUGCCAUGACCUGGUGCUAUGGAACGUUUUGGUGCUGGGAUAUGGCGAGAACUCGGAGGAAGAGAUGGUUCUCGACUUGGUGUCAAGCAUGACACUCAAGGGGUGUUCUAUCACGUAUGUUGCUGCGAUCAAGGCCUGCACAGGGCUAUCAUCCAGAGAAGAAGGCAAGAUGGUCGCCGGCAAGCUUGUCAAGAGCAAUUCUCUCGACGCAGGGAGAGCUAUCCACUUCCGAGCAGCGAACUCUGGCUACGACUCGGUCUUGUUUCUCUCGACCAGCUUGGUGAACUUGUAUGCCAAGUGUGGCAGCAUGCCAGACGCUCGCAAGGUCUUCGACGCGAUGCCUCAACGCACAGUAGCGGUCCACAACGCGAUGAUGCUCGGCUAUGUGGAGAACAGGGAGGAAGAUCAGGCUCUAGAGCUGUUCUUCCGCAUGAAGUCCAAGGAUGGAGAUGGAGAAGGCUUGGAACCGGAUUCUCUCAGCUUUAUAGCGGCGCUCAAGGCCUGUGGUGGCAUGAUGGCCGUGGGUGCCGCGAGGAAAAUCCACGCAGAGGUUUGCAGGCUCGGCAUGGAGAGCUCGGCAGUGAUGAGCAACUCUUUAGUAGACACUUAUGGAAGAUGCGGUCGCAUGUCCGAGGCUCACGAGCUCUUCACUGCUCUAGCAACGGCGAUGGACUCGGUCACCUGGACAUCGCUCAUAGCAGGAUAUAGCCGACUGGGCGACAGUGAUCUUGUCUUCCAGCUCUUCGACCAGAUGCUCCUGGAGGGGUUGCAGGCCGACAAGCUCACAUUCAAUUCGGUCUUGAGCGCUUGUGCUCACGCUGGUCUGGUGGACAGGGGCAGGAGGGUGUUCCAGGCGAUGAGCUCCCCAAAGUUUGGAAUCAAGCCGGACGUGGAGCACUACACCUGCUUGAUCGAUAUGCUUGGCCGAGCAAACGAGCUGGAGCUGGCCGCUGAGGUAUUGGACUCCAUGCCGGUUAAAGCCGAUGCUUUCGCGUGGACGACGCUGCUAGGCGCGUGUAACAAGUGGAACAAUGUGGCCGUAGGAAAGCUAGCGUACGAUGAGUUACUGAGAAUCGAUGAGAAAGAAGGGGCAACGGCACAGACCCCCACAGCCGUCCAAUCCAGGGCCAUAUGGUUCUGGGGAAGGGGAGGCCACCCUAGGCCCAGGCCAGAGCUGGUGGCCAUGGUUAGUAGGAAUAUCGGCUCAAUGUUGUGGUGGCCAAUGGGUGGGAUGCACAUGUGGCUGGGAAAGGAAGAGGGUGUGGUGACAGGUGUUACACAAUGCACUCCUAAGGCUCCAUGGCUGCUUUGCUUCAACACAGUUGUGUGGGCAUUCCUGUGA